UACGAAUUUUAACAUAUAUAUUAUAUUAAAAUGAUGCUAAAACAAAAUUCUAAUAUAAUUAUUUUGGUAGAAUCUUCUAUGUUAAUUAAUGAAAAUUUCAAUUAUAUAAUUGAAAAUUAUAUUAAAACUUGCAUCAACUCAUUAAAACCUGAUAAAAUCGAGAUUUCAAAAUAUAUUAUUGUACUCUACAAAGACAUAAUAAAUCGUAAUUUAGUUAGUAUCGUGUGUUGUAAUACAAUAAAACAAAUUGAAAAUUUAAUUAAAAGUGACAAUGAAUUUGGAGAUAUUGAUAUAAAAUGUUUUGUUCAAGCAUUAAAAUGUUUAACUAAUAUUGUAUCAAAUAAUACAUAUGAUAACUCUAAAGAAGAUAAACAAGAAACAAUAUGCUUCUUAGUAUGUUCAGAGAUCCCAGAAGAUGAUAUCUGUUUAAAUAUAAUCAGAGGAAAUAUUAGUUUGGAUGAAAUUAUAGAAAAAAUAAAAGAGUUAAAAAUAGCAAUGAACAUCAUCUGCCCCUUAAAACUUCCAAACAUGAAUUUCAUUGAAAAAGUAUCUUUGAAUUUUCACAAUCAUCAAUUCGUCAAUGAGGAUGGAUAUUUUUGUUUUUUUCAAAGUUUCCCAAUUGAAUUAAUUAAAGUAAAAUCGAAUUUAUCAAUCGACAUGAAAGUAUCUCAAAAUGAUUUCUUUUUACUUUCAGAAACAAAAUCAACAGUUAACAUUGAAAAUCGUUCAUUUAUUGAAAGGGAUAUUAAAUCAGAAAGUUCAAUGGAUCAAUCAGUUGUUAAAAAUGGUUACCCCAAUACACAAAAUGCAUCAAACAGUUUUAGCAAGAUAUCUACAGCAUCACAUAGCUUAUUGAAUAUUAAUUUUGACAAAUCUGCAAAUUACGAAAAUACAUUAGCCAUCACAACAUCUUAUAUAUCUGCUCAGCCUGCUCGUUAUGUAUCUAUUAAUUCGAUCGACAAUUCUCAAAUGUGCAAUUCUUACAAAGCAUAUCCUACCCCUACCCCUUCUUUACCACAAAGCGAUACUAGUAAUCAAUUUAUGACUAAAUCUCUGCCUAGAAUCGAAUCAAAUUUCAUCAGUCUUAACAAUAACAUCAGAUCGCUCGAAAAAGAGGCUUCAAUUGUUCGUUUACAAACCCCUUCAGUUCCAAUUAAACAAGAAUUUAAUCAAGAUAGCUAUCAACCACAACCACAACAGCCCUUAACAUCCAUAACGCAUAACGUCAAAGGGUCUGAAAAUAUUAGAUGUCAAAGUAUAAUCUGGUCUGGUCUAAUGCAAUGGAACGAAAAGGUAAGGAACGAACAAGCAACAUUUGACACCAAUAAUCCUGCACUCUCAGUUGUAACCCAUUCACUCAUGUGCCAGAUCUACCCAAUGCCUGGAUUCGAAGAUUUAAAAACAGAUUCUUGGCCUCAUAAUUUCGUAAUGCAAGCGAUACAACAAGACAUAAUUCACAAACUAGGGAACAUGUUCAGAAACGCUAAAACGGUAACCUUAGUUUUUCCCAACCAAGAAAACACAAACUCAUACUUGACCCUAAAUAGAUUACUCACGAAUAACAUGGCAGGUUGCAUUAUGUUCCCAAACACUGUCAUUGAUUUAAGGGUCAUGAUACUGUUGUACAGCCUAAAGAAAAAAUCUUUUAUAGGCCUUAUUCCCUUAGAUCAAGUCGAGUUUGUUAAUAGCAUCCGAAAAAUACUGUCUCAAAAGCGGCAAAUGCACUUGCAGUCCCAAAUGAAGCAACAAAAUCAGAUCAUGACAAUCACAAGUUCCCCAAUUACCAACCAAGGCAUCACCGAAUACGGAAAUAUUAAUCAAGCUAGCGUCGGAAUUCAGGAUACCUUCAGGCCAUCUCCCAAUACAUUUCACCAGAAUCAAUCGAAAUAUAAUAGCGACUAUAAUCCAUCCCUAUUUUAUCCAAACACUGAAAAAAACUAUAAUCAAAUACCCACGAUGAAUACACAUUAUAAUAAUCCAUCUAUGAUCUCCAAUCAGUUUUCUAAUGGUCAAAAUAAUUUAAAUGUCAAUCCUAUACAAUCUUAUAAACAAAUCACUCAAAACACUAAUAAUUUGGACCCAAAUUUGCAACAAAAUAUGAAUAAACAAACUAAUCUGUUUAAUUAUCCAAAUCCAAACUCUAAUCCUUCAAACAGUAAAAUCAACAAUACAUACGCAGAAAACAAUCAGCAACAGUUAAGACAGCUUCUUAUGACUCCUCAAACCAAUAAUUUAGCCACCUAAGUAAUCUAUUGUUCGUUUCAGUAGUUUCAGGCGCCUAUGGUUCAUUUGGAUCCUAAGCCCUUAUUCAUAACAAUAUGGCAUCGGUUACGUUUUAUUGCAGGUUAUCCUAAUGAGGGUUUUUACUUGCGACAGAAGAAUAUCUAUCGUUUGCCGAUCCAACUGUAUAUCUAUAUACACGAUCUUUAAGUCCGACUUAAUCUAAAUAGUUUUUUUUUAAAUAUUGUUAUAUUUUUUAUAAUAUGGUAUACAAUUUUUAAUGUAUAUUUUUAAUAGUUAUAAUCAAAAAUUUAUCUUGUAAUUUUUUUUAUUAUUAAAAUAAAAUUAUCAUAAAAUAUUUAUUUUUUAAAGAUCCUUUGUUCUAGGUCCUGCCUUUUAAGCUCUCAUUCGAACUUCAAAGGUUUUUAGGAUUGAGAUAUAGGGAAGAUGGUUGUCAAUUCAACAAAUUGAUAUUAUUGUUUAAUAAGGUUUUUUAUAGAUUUCACUGUAAAAUAGGAAGCUUAUCUUGUUGGAAGGUGUAAUUUUAUUUAUCAUAAUAAAUGAAUUGAUGAGAUCAGUUAAUUGAUGAUAUCCUGAUAUUUAGUUCUUAUAUAUAGUUCUUAGGCUGUAUGAAAUGGCAUAAUAUCAACAUAAUUUUAAUUGAUUUUUUUUUAUCCUAAAGCAGGAAUUUAAUUUUCUUGACAAGUUGCUAUG